GCAUGCGUACGUCGCCGAGAAAGUUAACUCACUGAACUUCGUAGUCAGAAAAAUUCUGAUUUUUAAAACAGAAGGGAAAAGCCUAUUGUGUUGACAUGGCAUUUCGCCGAAGAAAUAAGAGCUAUCCUUUCUUCAGCCAGGAGUUCUUAAUUCAAAACCAUGCUGACAUCGUAUUCGGUUUGGUGAUUUUCAUUCUGAUUGGACUGAUGUUUGAGGCAACAGCAAAGACGGCCAUACUGUUCAUUCAGCCUCAGUACAACGUCACCACUUUAUCGUCAGAGGGAGAAGUGACGUUGUACCAUUACGGAUGGAAGGACUGUGCCACCAUCCUGUUCUAUUUCUUCAUUGCUAUCAUCCUCCACGCAGUAGUGCAGGAAUAUCUUCUGGACAAAGUGAACAGACGUCUUCACCUCUCCAAGAGCAAGAACACCAAGUUUAAUGAGUCGGGUCAACUUUGCGUGUUUCACUUGGUGUCUAGUGUGUGGAGUUUCUACAUCCUCAUUACAGAAGGAUAUCUCCUGCAUCCCAGCACCCUUUGGGAGAACUAUCCUCAUGUACAUCUCAGGUUUCAGGUGAAGUUUUUCUACCUCACUCAGCUUGCUUAUUGGCUCCAUGCCUUGCCAGAGCUCUACUUCCAGAAAGUCCGCAAGGAGGAGAUUUCUCGGCAGCUCCAGUACAUCUGCCUGUAUUUGCUCCACAUCUCUGCAGCCUAUUUGUUAAAUUUAAGUCGUGUGGGUCUGGUACUCCUCUUCCUGCAGUAUGUGUCAGAGUUGGGCUUCCACAUCGCCAGACUCCUGUAUUUCACUGAUGAGAACCACCAGAAAAUGUUUGAUCUGUGGGCGGUCAGCUUCGUGUUUACGCGGAUGUCUACGCUGACCCUGAUGUUCCUGGCAGUGGGGUUUGGUUUGGCUCGUUCUGAGAAUCAGGGGCUGGACCUGGAGAUGGGGAACUUCAACACUGUGCUGAUAAGGAUGACCGUUCUACUGUUGGUUUGUUUAACUCAAUCGUGGCUACUCUGGAAGUUUAUUCGCUUUCAGCUGAGGCGCUGGAGGGAGUUCAGACACGAGCAGGCUGUUCGCAAGAAGUCUGCUGCAAAACAACCCCUAAGGCCACUAAAAAGAGAUUCACUUGGUCACCAUGAAAAUGGAGUUCUUAAAGCUGAGAACGGAGCCUCUCCUCGGACGAAGAAACUCAAAUCCCCUUAAGAUAACAAACUGACUGGCCUAAACAGGAGACCUUAGCCCUGGCCAAGGUUUCUCAUCAGCACCACAGCGAAGCUGAUAGCCACUGGCCAUCAAGCUUCUGGAUGAGUAUUUCCUGAGACGCCACGGGGACUCUGUCGCUACAGACUUAGGCUUGAAUGCUGGAAAAUGAAAUCCAAGGAAACCCCUUGAGCCCCAACAGACAUUUUCUCUUCUCAUCAUAUCAGUAUUUUUUUUUUUUUUUUAUAUACAUCCACAAAGCCUGUGAUCCCACCCUGAAGCACACCAUUGAAUGCAGAGUGAUUUCAAAAGUAAAGUGAACGCAGUGUGCGGCACAUUUUAAUGUGUAUGUCCAUGCUGAAUGUGUUGAUUAGUCCUCAUACACAAGUACUGUAUUGGUUGUAGCAUUGUGAGAUAUUGCAGCUCUUGCCAUUGAGCCGGCUUUGCUUGUUUUCUAUUCUGGUCCGCUGGAGCAGAAAAGCGUUACUGAUGAUAAAGUAUGAUAUGAGCUUACUGUCGAAAUCAUACAACUGUCACUGGUCAUUUAACAAAUAUGCAUUAAGUAUGUAUGUUGGAUAUUACCGCAUGCUGUUUCAUGUUUUCUUUU